CCCUCGCUCCAGCCGUAGGCGGUGACCCGGCGGCACCGCGCAGGCGCGGCAGAGCCCGGCAGCACCGCGCAGGCGCCGCGGAGCCGCGCGGAGGAAGUUUGAACGGUGGCGGGUACCGGAGCCGCUGAUGGAGUCCGUGCUGAAAGGUAUAUGUGCAUUUGUAGAAGUUUGGUCAUCUAGCAGAACAGAAAAUUACUCGAAAGCCUUUGAGCAGCAACUUCUUGAUAUGGGAGCAAAAGUUUCAAAAACUUUCAACAAGCGUGUGACUCAUGUAGUCUUCAAAGAUGGACAUUCAACUACAUGGAGAAAAGCACAGAACGCCGGUGUAAAGAUUGUUUCUGUACUCUGGGUGGAGAAAUGUCGAGAGACUGGAGUACGUGUUGAUGAAUCUUUGUUUCCUGCAGUAUACAAUAAUGAGGGCUUACCACUAAAACACAAAUGUAUGCAGCCAAAGGACUUUGUUGAGAAAACUCCAGAAAAUGAUAGAAAACUGCAGAGAAGACUGGACCAGAUGGCUAAGGAAUUAGCUCAACAAAGGAUAGGAAUUAAUGCAGAAACUGAUAUACCGGUUUUACUGUUUGAAGAUGAUGGUUCACUUGUGUAUAGCCCUGUUUCUAAAAUAAGAAAUCAAUGCAGUGAAAUGGAAAGAAGAGUAAAUGAGAUGAAGGAGAAAAGAGAAAAUCUGUCUCCUACUGCUUCCCAAAAGUUUCAAGCACCUCUAUGUUGCUCACAAGGAGACUGCCCAUUGUCUACCUCUGUAACUAACUCAGAAGACCCAUUAUUGCAAGGAGAAAAAAAGAAAGACUGCUUAAACUCAAGCUGUGAUGACUUUUUUGGAACUAUUACGUCAAAGAGACAGAAAAAAGACGUAGAAAACAUCUGCGAUACUCAGACUCAUACUCACGUUUCUAUGAGUGCUUCAGUGAAUUUUCCCUCAUGUGGUUGUGACCAGAAGAGCUUAAUCCAGAAGCAAUCUAGCAGAAGAACCUUAGGUGAUGAAAAUUGCGUGUCAGAGUAUGAUGUUACUUAUGGUUCUUGCAAAGUUUUUAAUGAACAAAAAAAUAAGCACAAAGGGAUGGUAAGAAAAAACAGAAGACUCCAAAAGCCAACAAGGACACUAGUCAUGACAAGCAUGUCUUCUGAGAAACAAAGUGUAGUAAUUCAGGUGGUGAAUAAACUGGGAGACUUCAUGUUCUCAGACGAUGUAUGUGAAACAACAAGUCAUGUAGUUACAGGGAGUCCUCGUCGUACCUUGAAUGUUAUGCUGGGAAUUGCUCGUGGGUGUUGGAUUGUUUCUUAUGAAUGGGUUCUGAGUUCUUUGGAAUUUGGGCACUGGAUCUCGGAGGAACCAUAUGAACUUUCUUCCAACUUCCCAGCUGCUCCUGGUGCUUCUGUUGAGGAACAAAGUUGGUGUUGAAAGUCAUACUUCCAUCACCUUCCCAAUCAUUCCUUUCUUGAGUCAUUCUGGAGUCCAACUGUAAUAGAUACCUUAUAUUUAAAGAUAAGAUCAUAAUAUGAGCUUGGAUGGAGUUUACACGUCCUUUCUUAUUAUUUCUUCUUAAGAAGCAAUAUGGAAAAUGAAAGGGUAUUCUACUUCUAUGUACUGUUUAUUUGAUUACAAGCAGGAAGUAAAGAAGGGGUUAUAUUACUGUUGUAUUCUGAUUGUUUGCACCGAAUCCAAAGAAAUUGUUGCAGUCAUCUUCCUAUAGUAUUCUUUCUAAAAUAUCCUUUUCUUUCUUUACUUUGAUAUUUCUAAGCAAUGCAAUCUCAUUUAGAUAACGUGACGAUAUCACUGUAAAACUUACUUACUCUAAAAUUUUACAUUCAUGUUAAUGAAUAACUGCUCUAGUCUAAUGGUUGGCAACUUUGCCCAUGGCAGGCAGGUUAAAACUAGAUGACCUUGAUCUUUUCAAUCCUGGCCAUUCUAUAAUUAUAUUUUAAAAAUUAAUUAAAUGUCUUGUUAAACAAUUGAUCUGCUAAAGAUCUAUCUCAGCAUCUUUGAUGAACUGUCGUCAGAAGGAACCUUUUGCUUCAUGUUUUUCCCCAGCAAAUUGAAACUAACUAUGCAGUGUAUAGUUUUGUACCUUUGUUUUCUUACUAAAACAAUGACAUUUAAUAAUCAGAAGUUGGCAUCUUUUUUCUUGGCCAGGUUAAGCAUGCGUACUGUGCCAGACUCCACUACAUUUUGUUAGAAGAUUUUUUUUAGAUUAUUGGGCUGAGUGUGUAUGUUUAUUGUCACAAAUAUUGGGAGUAUUUUCUUUAGUCGUCUGAUGAAAUGCAGUGAGGGAGGAAGCAUGUUCUUUCCAUCCCAAUUUUAUGGAAUCAUAAAAUAUCCUAGAUUAGGUAGUUCAAUGCCCUGUUCUAAGCAGAUCUAAUUAGAUGAAGAUACUCAUGGACUUUUCUGGUCCACCCUCAUGGUAUUAAACAAAUAAAUAGAAGUCCUGCUAAGUAGAAUUUCCCAAAUUCCAAUUUAUGUUCACUGUUCCACUACAGUACUCCUCCAAGAAGGGAUCUGGCUCUGUCUUCUCUGUAUCAGAUAGCUGUAGACAGCAGUAAGGUCUCCCCUUCCCCUUCUCUGGUCCAGGUAGAAAAAUGCCGUCUCUUUUUGUAUGUCAUAUGCUGUAGCUCCCCUACUAGAUUGGUCUUUACUUCCAUGAAUUUCUAAGAAAUUAAUUUUGUGAAGUGUUUUUUAGACUGACAUCUGUAUAUCCUUAAAAGUUUCCAGGAGAAAUAAUAAAUUACUUGAACCGUGAUCUUAGAUGCAUUGAGAUUAUUGUGCACAACUCUUCAGAUGACGAUUGUUCAUUUACAUUUAUUAAAUUUAUUUAGAAUCAGUUCAUGAGGUAAUAUUGGGAGUAUUUUUUAUCUCUGAUACUCCUUAGUAGUGGAGAUAUACAUUUUUGGUGAAGAAGAAAGGUGGUGUUGCAAGUGGUAGAGUACUCUGAUAGCAGUUUUAAUGACUUCCAGUAUGAAAUGUAAUCAAUAAAAUAAAAAAAGCAAAUGUUACCCAGUAGAUGAAUUUAUUCACAUUGUGUCAUACACAGAGGGCCUACUUCUUCAUGGAGAAUUUUGAGGAGGGGGAAAAAAAAACCAACCAACAUUAUGUUCUUAGGUAACCUUCAGA